AUGGUGUCAUACGUUUCUGAGAGCAAACUGAAGAUGCUUUCUCCUACAGGUCGGUCGCGCAUGUGGGAUGCCGAAGCCGAUGGGUAUGCUCGUGGGGAAGGCAUCUGCUCAGUAGUUCUGAAGACACUUAGCCAGGCCCUUAAAGAUGGUGAUACCAUCGAGUGCAUUAUCCGGGAAACAGGUGUCAACCAGGAUGGCCGUACGACUGGCAUCACUAUGCCCAGCCAUCUCUCCCAAGAGACGCUCAUUCGGGAAACCUAUGCCAAAGCUGGUCUUGACAUAUCCAACCCUGAAGACAGGUGUCAAUUCUUCGAAGCUCAUGGAACUGGUACCCCAGCUGGUGAUCCUCAAGAAGCAGAAGCAAUCUCAUCUGCCUUUUUCGCCGGCGCUGAACUUAGCGAUGAAGAGCCCCUGGCUGUCGGUAGUGUGAAAACUAUUAUAGGCCAUACCGAGGGAACUGCUGGUCUUGCCGGUCUUCUGAAAGCCUCCCUGGCUGUUCAGCAUGGCGUCAUCCCACCGAAUAUGCUUUUCGAGAAUCUUAACCCUCGCAUUGCACCGUUUUACCAGAACCUCCGCAUUCUCCGAGAGCCACAGUCAUGGCCAGCAAUUAAGCCUGGUCUACCGCGUAGAGCGAGUGUGAAUUCGUUCGGCUUUGGAGGCACAAAUGCUCACAUCAUCGUUGAAGAGUACAAGCCGUCAGAGAAAGAAAACCAACACAUGAUAUCUGACAACGAUUCUACGUUCGGUUUGCCUAUUGUAUUCUCAGCCAAGACUGAGAAAUCUCUGAAGAAGUUGAUGGAAAGUAUGCUGGAUCACAUCAACGAAAACCCCUCAUUAGACGUCUUGGAUCUCGUCUCGACGCUUCUGCACAACCAAUCCGUAUUGCCCCUUCGUUACUCUAUCUCCGGACACACGAAAGAAUCCAUAACCGCCGCUCUCUCAGUCGCUGCACGGGAGUUCAAGGUUACGACCGGUAAUGAUAGUAAGACUACGAGUGGAGACAAGGCUUCCAUCCUCGGCAUUUUCACGGGGCAGGGGGCACAAUAUCCUGGCAUGAUGAAGGGGCUGUUGUCAACAUUGCCCUACGUGCAGGAAAUAGUUGCUGACCUCGACCAUUCGCUGCAGGCAUUGCCAUCGGAAUACCGUCCUUCUUGGACUCUUCACGACCAAUUUCUGCUCGAAGAAGACUCGUCAAACGUAUUGCAGGCUGCUUACUCCCAACCACUUUGCUGUGCUACACAAAUAGUCCUUGUUCAAAUGCUGGCGGCGGCAGAUAUUAAGUUCACUACUGUCGUUGGGCACAGUUCUGGAGAGAUCGCGUGUGCUUAUGCGACUGGGCUGAUAAGUGCGUCUCAGGCCAUUCGGGUUGCUUAUCUCCGUGGCCUGGCAUCACAAUUUGCAGGCCUAGAUCGAGGCGAGGGUGCCAUGAUGGCAGCAGGCAUCUCCUUUGAAGAUGCGCAAGAGCUAUGUGAACUUGAAGCGUUCGAGGGCUGCAUCUGCGUUGCAGCCAGCAACGCACCUGACAGCACCACUAUUGCUGGCGACAAGGAGUCCAUCCUGCAGGUCCAGGAUAUCCUCGCAGAUGAGUCCAAGUUCAGUCGGGUGCUCAGAGUCGACAAGGCCUAUCAUUCUCACCACAUGCAACCCUGCGCAACGCCCUAUAAGGAUGCUCUGGUAGCUUGUGGAUGCGCAGUUGCUGACGGUAUUCCUGAGACCGCGGUCGCUUGGUAUUCUUCCGUGCAUACAGGCACGAAAAUGAGCGCCAACAAUGUAACGGCCGACUACUGGACAGAAAAUUUACUCAACCCGGUGAUGUUCAUGCAGGCCCUUGAAGAAGCUGCAAUGGUGCAUCAACCUAACGUUGCGGUCGAGGUGGGCUGCCAUCCUGCGCUAAAAGCACCUGCGCUUUCAACAUUAAAGGGAAUUGGCUUCGAUGAUUUUCCCUACACAGGUUGUAUGCGACGAGAAGAGGCUGAUCUGGCUGCUUUCGCUGAGGCUCUUGGAUACCUGUGGCAACGCUUUACAAUACUCGAGCCAGCUGACGUGGAGACGUACAUCUCCACGGUGUGUGGUAAAAAGCCGAGGAACAUCAGCAAGUUACUCCCAAUGUAUCCUUGGGAUCAUUCCAAGGUUUACUGGUCUGAAUCGAGGACAGUGAAAAACUUCCUCCAUGGGCCGCGUCCCCACCUCCUUCUAGGCUCACCGACAGCGUUUUCUACCUCCUCAGUCUUACAAUGGAGGAACAUGUUCAGAGUCAAAGACCAUGAUUGGAUGCAAGGGCAUGGUCUUCAGGGCCAAGCGUUAUUUCCAGCGGCGGGCUUCAUCAUCAUGGCCAUGGAGGCUGGAAUCAUUGCAGCCGAAAAUCGACCCGUGCAGCUCGUGGAAGUUUUCAACACGAGCAUCGACAAGGCAAUCAUCUUCGAGGAUGAGACAAGCGCCGCAGAGGUUGUUACAACCGCCAAAGUCCUCGCUGAAUCGUCAAACGCGACACGGAUCACCCUUGGCUUCACAAUUGAUUCCUGUCUGAGCAAGGAAGCAAAUCUCUCAACUUCAGCUCAAGGUAGGGUUGUCGUCACGUUGGGACUUCCAUCACCCAGCGUUUUGCCAUCAGUCAGCGCAGAUCAUCCUCACAUGAACGAUCUCGACAUUGACUAUUUCUACCGUGAGCUCGAUGCGCUUGGAUAUUGCUAUGAGGGGUCCUACCGAUGCAUCUCUGAGAUGAGGCGCGCAGACGGCAAGUCUGUUGGUACUCUGCCAAACUUCAGACUAAAUGAUGGACCAGAUCCAUUGUUGCUACAUCCAGCAACGUUGGAUCUUUCGUUCCAGACGAUCAUGGGCGCAUAUUCCCACCCGGGUGAUAAAAGAUUACGAUCUUUGUACGUCCCUGUGCACGUUGACCGCAUAGCGGUCGCACCCGAGGUUUCAAAGACGGCUCCUAUCGCGUCCAACAAACUGCACUUUAGCACUACCAAUACAUAUGACAAGGGAGACUUCUUUGCCGGUUGUGUCGAUACGACCGACGAUAGCGCUGACGGAAUUCCCAUAUUCAGCGUCGAAAACCUAGUCUUAAAGCCGCUUUCGCCACCAACGGCGUCCGAAGACCAUCGAGCCUUCACCACAACCUUUUGGGGCCCUUUCUUACCAGACAAGCUCCUGGAUGAUCCGGAGCUGUGGGCAACAGAGGAAGACAAGCGAAUUAUGCCCAUCAUAGAGCGUAUUGUGUAUUCUUACAUUAAGAAAUUCUUGGCCGAUCUUACUGCUGAAGACCGUGCCAACGCAACGGCCCCACAAAAAAGUUACAUCCAUUGGUAUGACAACGUAAUGGCGGAUGUUGCGGCAAAGCGGCAUCGGUGGUACGAGAAAGCUUGGGAAAACGACACGCCAGAGUACAUUGAGCGGCUUUGCCAGGAUCGUUUGUCUACUGGGCCGGGCUGGGGUUAUGGAAAGCAGAUCGUCGGUCAAAUUGCCCAUCGCUUCCAAUCGAUGGAUAUCCUAGAAGUUGGUGGUGGUACUGCUGGUGCAACCAGGUCUAUUCUGUCCAUUCCGCAGCUCGGAUUCAACAGCUACACUUUUACGGACAUUUCUCCCGCCUUUUUCGAAAAGGCUCGCCAAGAGUUCACCGCUCACGAAGACCGCAUGGAGUUUCAAAAACUGGACAUCUCACAGAGCCCCGAGGCCCAAGGAUUCAAGGCGCACUCCUACGAUCUUGUUCUCGCAUCGUCUGUUCUUCAUGCCACGCCAAACUUGGAUGAGACUAUGAAGAACGUGAGAUAUCUUCUCCGCCCCGGUGGCUAUGCGGUCAUACUCGAGGCCACUCAUAAGGACCACACUCGUGUUGGUUAUUUGUUCGGCCUGUUUCCCGAUUGGUGGGCGGGCCGUGAUGAAGGACGUGUCUUGGAUCCUUUCGCCACAAUUGAUGAGUGGGACGCCAUCUUCAAGCGGAACGGCUUCUCCGGCGUUGAAUGCCGCACGCUGGAUCGGGACGGCCACAUCUUCCCAAACUCACUCUUUACCACACGCGCCGUGACUCCAAAGGUCACCAGGCUAUACGAGCCUUUGGCUGUCGCGCUGCAGUUGUCGGCGUCAGCGCCCCUUGUUGUUGUUGGUGGAAGAAACUCUAAGUCGUCUCGCAUCUUGGAAGCCGUCAGCACCAUCUUGCCUCAUCGCAACCCACUCAAGAUAGACAGCUUGAAAGACAUUCGAAACAAAACAUUCGAGAACAAACCCACCUUCCUCGUUCUCUCAGAACUUGACGAGGAAUUAUUCUCUGACAUUGACGAACCGAAAUUGGAGUCAGUCAAGUCGAUGUUUGCCCAAGCGUCUAACGUUUUGUGGAUUACGGAGAAUGCUUGGAGUGCCAACCCCCACCAAGCUAUGACAAUUGGCUUCCUCCGCACUGUCCGCAACGAGUAUCCCGAACUCAGCGUUCAGGCUCUGGAUGUGGACAAUGCGAACAACAUUGAUGCCACAACUCUAUGCGAACAGCUUCUCCGUCUCGAAGAAUGGUCUAGUCCAAGUAGCCCAAACGAAGAUGUUUUGUGGACAUACGAACCAGAGAUUUACAUGUGCAAGGGCUGCCUCUUAGUGCCCCGUGUCAAACAUGACAUACCCCGUAAUGAACGGAUGGCUUCGGGACGUCGCAAGAUCUAUUCUCAUGUAAUGGCAGAAAGAAUCCCGGUAUCUUUACGGCUUCCAGACAAGGACCUGCAAAUCGAAUCUACCAGAGACACACUCUCGGAUGUCCAGCCUGGCCACCUUGUCGUGGUGGCUCAGUACUCUCUCAUGAAUGCUCUUGGCGCCAAAAGAAUACUUGCUGCGCUGGAGGAUGUGGCAUGUCAAGCUCUGCAAGACACAUCAAUAUCGGAGUCAUCAGUCGUAGAUCUCAUGUCUUUGGAAUUGGCAAUGAAGAAGGGCAUUGAUCUUUUGACGGUCAUUAAUUGGAAGACUGACGGCCCUGUUGCCGCUCGCAUUCGGCCAAUCGACCAAGGCAACUUGUUUAGAAAGAACAAGACUUAUCUUCUUGUUGGUCUUGCUGGAUCCACUGGCCGUGCUCUUAGUCGUUGGAUGGUCACGAAAGGCGCCCGUUACGUCGUGCUCUCCAGCCGCAACCCUCAAAACCCCGAGUCCAAGUGGGUCAAAAAAAUUGAGAAACUUGGGGGGCAUAUCACCGUACUGCCGAUGGACAUCUCUAAGAAAGCGAGCGUGGAUGCAGGCCUCGCCCAACUCCGUGAAAAGUUGCCACCUAUUGGUGGUAUUGUUUACGGACCUCUGGUACUCCAUGAUACUGUUCUCAGAAACAUGGACAUAUCAAUGAUGCACCCAGUGCUGAACGCAAAGGUGACUGGAGCAAAACUUUUACAUGAGCGCUUUUCUAGUCCAGUCGAUAACCCACUUGACUUUUUUGUCAUGUGUUCUUCCGCAGCCACUACGGGAGGCAAUCCUGGACAGGCCAACUACAAUGCCGCGAAUGCAUUCCUACUGGCUUUUGCUCAGAAGAGGCGCUUGAUGGGACUAGCCGCGUCUGCUAUCCACAUUGGUGCUGUGAUGGGCAUCGGUUACUUGGCUACACGCGAGGAGAAGUUUGACCUUCAGUCUGUAUCUGAUAUGGAUCCUCUUGGAGAGGUCGAGUUUUGUACACUUGUUGCCGAGGCUGUGGUUUCUGGAAGGCCGUCAUCGACACCUCGAAACGGAGAUACAGAUCUGGUUAAGAUGUCCGAGAUUGACAUUGGUACUGGUAUUCCUGAACUUCAUCUCAGAUAUAAAGAUACUCUUGUGUUCUACACAGAUCCUCGUUUCGGGAACCUCAAAGUCCCGGAGAAGCGCGAGACAACCCACUCGAGCUCGAAGACAUCGGUCAAGGAGAAGCUGCUCGUAGCUACAACACUGGAUGAAGUUCGCCAGGCGAUCAUCGUGGGUCUCUGCGACAGACUGCGGGGCACCUUACAUCUUGCUGACGGAGAGCAAAUCGAUCCCGACUCUCCCUUGAUCGACCAAGGUGUGGAUUCGCUCGGUGCCAUCACCGUUGCUUCUUGGUUCUCAAACCAACUCACCCUCGAUGUUCCGAUAUUGAAGGUUCUUGGUGGCGCAUCGGUCGCACAGCUUGCCGAAGAGGCAGCCAGUAGAUUGCCACCGAGUGCCAUGCCUCAGGUUGCAGGCGUUGCAGACCAUGCGACCGAUAACGACAGUGUUCAAUCCGACAAUAUUUCCAAAUCGGGUUCAGGUACAGAUACACCCAUUUCCAUUCCCACGUCCAACGACGAGGACCCUACCGUUGUCCGCUGCGCGCCUCUUUCACUGAUCCAGCAAAACACCUGGAGAAUCCAGCAGCAGUUGGCUGACGAUCCAACGAUAUUCCACAAUACUGUGGGCCUAUUCCUAGAAGGCACGCUUGAUUUAGAGAAACUUUCCAGGGCAGUCCUUGCUUCUUUCAAUCGACACGAAGUCUUUCGCACGGCUAUCCGAUGCUCGGAACAAGGUGGAGAGGCUGUCCAGAUGGUUUUGAAAAGUCCGACUACAAGUUUCCGGUCUGUGGAGGUGGUAGAUCAAAACGCAGCUGAAUCUGCUCUCACGCAACUGCGAGCAGAGAAGUAUGAUCUUGAUGCAGGCGAGGCACUGAAAGUAGUCGACUUCCACUGGGCUACGGACCGGCAUCUAUUCGUUAUUGCUUACCAUCGCUUAACCGGAGAUGGAUCCACUACCGACAAUUUCUUCGUUGAGCUGGCAAGACUAUACGAUGGUGCUCAGCUACAACUACCACCGCAGUAUGCCGACUUUGCUCAACACACAGCCACCUUGCGCCUAAGCAGUGCGAUAGCGCAACGUAUCAAGGAAGCGGCUCGUCGCCUAAAGGCAACCCCGAUGCAUUUCUAUCUCGCUGCGUACAAAGCUCUGCUUGCAGCUUUAGCUGGCCAAGAUGAUUUGGUCGUAGGUCUAGCAGACACGAAUCGGUCAAGCAUCGAUGACAUGUCUACUAUGGGAUUCUUUGCCAACAUGCUUCCUAUUCGCAUGAAUCAGCCCUCUGAUACCACUUUCGAGGAGGUAGUCUCCGAAACCAAGGAUCACGUGCGCAAGGCAAUGCUUCAUUCAGCGGUUCCCUACGGUUUGCUACUCGAGGAACUUGGCCUCGCUGGACCUGACGCUCUACCGACUCGACAAAUGACCCAUGAGCCACUUGUACAGGCUGUCUUCGACUACAGGCAAGGAGAACGCGCUGACAGUGGCAAGCUUGGAGAGGCAACUAUCGUCAAGGUCAUCGUAACUCGAGAACUCUUUGGCAGACUGUGCCUCGUACAUGCUUUCGUUCUCUGUCAACGAGACGUCACUUUGCAGUCGCCUGGAGGUAGGGGGUUUCAAAGGAGCGAACAAGGAUCAAGGAGUUUGGGUCAAUCCAUGACGUUACAGUCGCUGAUAAAGGCCAAUGUGGAUAUCGCCCUUGCCUUAGAUGACCUUCCAGACGGCAAGAUCGUUGGCUUAGAGGAUGCUACCAGUAAUUACGAUGGCAUCGCAGAGGAGACAUGUCUCGCAUGGGUCGUUGACUAA